CCAGUUUUUCUUUACCGGGAAAAAAGAGAACGGAGGAAGAAGUGAUGAUGGCGGAGAAGGUCAGAGCGUCGCACCUGCUGAUAAAGCACCAGGGGUCGAGGAGGCCGGCUUCAUGGAAGGAUCCGGACGGCCGGAGGAUCAAGAGCACCACCAAGGAGCAGGCCAUCGCGCAACUGAAGACCAUGCGGGAGGAGAUCCUCAGCGGCCGCGCCCAGUUCGAGGACCUCGCUUCCCGCUACUCCGAUUGCAGCUCCGCCAAGCGCGGCGGCGACCUAGGUUCUUUUGGUAGAGGACAGAUGCAGAAGCCAUUUGAGGAAGCUACGUUUGCACUUCAGGUCGGCGAGAUCAGCGACAUUGUGGAUACCGACAGUGGUGUUCACAUCAUAUUGAGAACCAGCUGAGGUGUCGGAAAUGUAGCUGCGUUGCAUCCUUGUGAAACAGUCGCUGCAGGCACUCUCCGUGUGGGGAUAUCCCCACUUAGCAGUGGACUAUUAUUUUGGUUUCGUUGAUCGACUGACUUGUGCUCACCUUCUUUUGAAAACAUAAGAUGGAUUAUUUCAUAAAGCUAUUGAAAAAUCUGUAGUGCUGUUACUUUGAUAUUGGCUGGAUAAAGGAAAAGUAAGGUUCCUUGAACCCUCUUGAGAA